GUUUAAGUUGUUUUGGGCCGUGGCCUUAAGCGGGCUAAAAGGAUGAGCGAUUAUGUCCUGGAUGGAGAUCACGAUGUUCAUGAAGAUGAGUUCGGAGAUGAAAACGGGAAGGAGGACGUUAGCGUGACCGACGAAAUGCAUUUCGAUGCUGAGUUAGAGGCUAUCAAAGAACGCUUCAAAGAAAUUGAAGCAGAUGCAAAUAAAUUACAUGACUUGCGCCGCGUUAUCGACAAGUCUCCAAUCUCAAGUAAGUUUUUGGCUAUUUGUAUGUUGUUAAUUUUGUCCCGCGAAAAGACCCCUGUACUUAGCUCUGAGUCAUACCAUCGCCUCGUUUGUGUACAAGUUCUGUUGUCCAAUAGCGUUUUCACCUCAAUCGUUACGAAGUUAUUAGUCGUAGAAUUACUGUUUGGAGGCGCGUGCUGCUUAACAAUCUUUUCUGCUUCUGAAUCCAAUAACUCAAAUUUGUCAGAUGAAGAUAAAACUGAAGUUGACUUGCGUUCUGUAUAUGUUGGAAAUGUUGAUUAUGGUUCUACGGCCGAUGAACUAGAAGCACAUUUUCGUGGUUGCGGGCCGAUAAACCGUGUUACUAUAUUAUGCAAUAAAUUUACUGGACACCCUAAAGGAUUCGCAUAUAUUGAAUUCGAUACUCGUGAUGCUGUUGAAGCUGCAAUCGCUCUGGAUGACUCGUCUUUUCGAAGUCGACAGUUGAAAGUCCUACCUAAACGUACAAAUGUUCCAGGAAUGUCCAUGACAAAUCGUCCCCCUUUCGUGAGAGGUCGCGCGCGCGGCAGAGGGAUGUCUAUUGGUUUCCGUCCAGCAUAUGCUGGCCGAAUGCGAUUCCCACGAUAUCGGCGACGUGGUAGUUAUUACUUUACCCCCUAUUAAAUUGGACCAAUGAAAAAGUUAAGAAAAAGAAAUCGAUCACAGAAGAAACUUCCGCAACAUGUCCUUGUAUUCUACUUCGUUAUCCAACCAUUUUGCAGAACUAAUAGCUUUGUUGUCCAAAUUUUAGGUAUUUCGUACAAUUGUAUGAUGCCGCAUUCAUUUUGUUCUGCAAUCUAAUAAGACUACAACAUACCUGUUGGAAAAUUAACAUUCAAAUAUCCAUUGUAAAUUGGUGCUAAUUUGAUUUUUGUACCAUCUGGCUUGUUUAUCAAUGUGUAUGUCCGAAAAACUCAAUUAUGUGUUUUCACCUAUGGUCAAAUGCAGGUCAACGUUGUUACUUCGUAAGGUCAUGUCUGAGGUUACUAAAUACACCCUAGGUUAAUGUA